CACCUCGCCAGUCGCGCGUUAGCUCACUUCUAGCAUCGCACGCGCUACGCCAGUUUUCAUCCGGCUCAGACAUGAAGAGGGCCGCCAAAGACAAGGACAAGCACGCGUCGUCGGGUCAGCUGUGGGGUUGGCUCUUCGCGACGCGUAGGGGCCUGCCUUCCCUCGAGCUAAGAAAAGAAGAAGCCACAGUGGGAGCUGCAUCAGAAUGUGAUUUAGUCAUCCCAAAAGAAUGCUUUGGAGAUUUGGAUACGAAUUACAUUGAGAGUUGCCACUUCAAAAUAAUUAAAAAGGGUGAACAUGUAGUCUUGGAAGAUAUGAGUAAAAAAGGCACAUUUAUUGAUGAAACAGGUGUUGGCAAAGGAAAGUCAAAAGUAUUGGCACACAAUAGUAAAAUUGCAUUAAUAGACAAGACAACAACAGUUCUUGUUUUUAUGGACAAAAAGACUUGUGAUAUGUGUAAUUAUCCUCCAACCAUUAAGGAUAAAUAUGCAGUAUCAUAUUUACUUGGAUCUGGAGGAUUUGGUAGUGUUCAUGCAAUAUUUAACAAGAAAAGCCACAAGGGAUAUGCCAUGAAAGCAAUCACUCUCCAUCCUGGUGAAGAAAAGUAUGCCAAAUGGGAGGCAAAAAUUCUCAAAGGGUUGAAACAUCCAUGUGUUAUCUCAAUGGAAGAUAUGGUAUUCCAGAGCAGAGAUCUUUAUAUUAUCUUGGAACUUAUGGAAGGUGGUGAUCUUGUCAACUGGAUUCAACCACGCCUUAGGCUCACGGAGAAGCAGACAAAAUUAAUAUUUUAUCAGUUGUCACUUGCCGUUGAGUACAUCCAUAAUAAAGACAUCUGUCAUCGUGAUCUCAAGCCAGAAAACAUUUUACUGAUGGAAAGAAAACCUGAGACCAUAAUUAAAGUGAGUGACUUUGGAGUUUCAAAAAAUGAAUGUCUCCAGAGUGCCAUGGAUACAAAAGUAGGUACGCCAUUUUACAUAGCACCUGAAAUACAUUCAGCCGCAUCCAGGGGAAAGACAUAUACGAAGCAAGUUGAUGUAUGGAGCAUGGGAGUCAUUCUGUUUUAUUGCCUGAGUGGAUCAUUACCAUUCCGUGAUCCCAUUGCUAUCAUGAGAGGGCAGUAUCAUAUUACCAAACCACCUGAAGUGUGGGUAAAUGUAUCGUAUCCUGCACAAGAGCUUGUGGACAGUAUGUUGAAAAAAGACCCAAAUCAGAGGAUUAAAGUUAAACACAUCUUGACGCAUCGUUGGCUACAGGAUAAAGAGAUGCAGGAAACUGCUGACAGACUACUUGGCAAAAAUAAACCUAAAAGGGAACGAAAGAUGUCUGCUCCAUCAGGAGAAUCUGGUUUAAAAAUAUCAGAACAGAAACUAAAGGUACCAGAGGAGCACAGACGUUUCAGUUGGAAUUUAAAACUGCCAACUAGAUUACAACAGAAGGAUGAAAAUAAAAGCCAGCCAAAUGUUUCACCAAUAAAGGAGGCAAGAAAUGAAAGGCCUCUUCCAAAGCCACGAGGUGUAUUGCAGUUCAUGAACAGGGGCAACAAUAGAAACGUUCCAGAGAAACCUGCCAAUCUUGCCCUGGAAAUGGACCCUGAACAUAAGGAAAGUCCAAGGAAAGUUGAACCAGAAAAGAGAAGGGAAGCAGAUGGGGCCAAAGUACCAGUAGCUAUGCAAUAUAGACAGUCACCAGAAUACAGACCUCCAAAGAAAACUGAGAAUACUAUGCUGAUUAAUGUAAAGAAGAAUUUAAAACCUGUAAGAAAACUUUAAAAAAUAUAGUACUUUUGCAGGUCACGUUGUAAAAGGUUGUACUGUGAAAGUGUUUGAGACCACCAAUACAUCUCCAAAGACCAAAGACUUCAACAAAUGUUUCACAAUAUAUAUGAGUUUAGUUCCUAUUUCAUUCAGUUGUUGCUCAUUGUAAAUAAAUGGAGGAUAGGGAAUUGACUAUCCUUGUGCAGAAUGCAA